AUGCUGUCUUCCUGGACAGUUCUAUCGAUCGCCAGCCUUGGCAUUGCGAACCACCAACUUCCCCGACAGGGCCUUCUCUCCGGGUCUGGGUCGGCCUCUGCUCCCGAGUUCCCAACGGCCCCGGCCUCACCACCUUUCACUGUGGUCACGGCUAGCGCCCCGGCUACAGCAUCCGGCCCCAUACCUCUUCCAACUACGGGCUCGGGGCCCAAAUGUGGCAAGGGUUACACAUACUGCGGUUACAUGCUGCAGUCGGGAGGUCAUAACUUUGCCCCUGAUGUCAUCAACAAAACUUACUGUGAGGGCCUCGAAGGCAAUUGUCUCAGUGGCGUUCCGAGAACAAAGCCGGAUCAAGCUGUCUUCCUGUGCAUGGACGAUAGCCCGGCAAGUAUUCAACUCUUCUGCGCGUGUGGAGGCAAGUGCCUCAACGAGCAACAGAGCAACAACAUUGCUCACUGCGACACCCCUUGUACAAACGGUCAAAAAUGCUUCGAGUAG